CCUUUGCGGCGCAUUAGCCCUGCCCUCCAUUUCCAUCCCAUAAGCCCAGGUAACCGCGUUGCAUUGUGGGAUAACGACAUCAAAAUGGACAACUCCCGGGAUGCUCCAGGAAAAGCUAGCAGAUGGUUUGGCGUUACACCAUCUAAAUCUGUGAAGAUGAAUAUGAAUAUCCUUCAUCAGGAGGAAUUGAUAGCACAAAAGAAGAAAGAAAUUGAGGCCAAAAUGGAGCAGCAAGCAAAACGGAAUCACCUGGCCAGCCAACAACCCCCUCGGCUCAAUGAAGAUGAAAGUGGUGAAAACGAAGCCUCUGUUUCCAACAAAUUUGCCAAUGACGGCAGCUUUCUCCAGCAGUUUCUUAAGCUGCAGAAGGAAAAAUCAAGUACUGAAGCUUCCCCAAGUUCUGGCAACGUUUCUGCAAACACCUCUGCUUCAAGCACCGGGAAGAAACCCAUCCUGAUUGGGAAACGUCCCAGCUUGGGCACGAGCAGCAUGGUGAACCAAGUGAAGAAUUACUCCCAUUCCAAACAGAUGCCAGUUGCUAACCGCCUCAGUGUGUUUCAGUCGCCAGAUGAUGAUGAAGAGGAGGAUUAUGAGCAAUGGUUGGAAAUUAAAAUUUUACCCCCAGAGGAUGCAGAGACCCGGAAAGUGGUGGAAAAGCUGGCUAGGUUCGUGGCCGAAGGGGGACCAGAAUUAGAAAAGGUCGCUAUGGAAGACUACAAGGAUAAUCCAGCAUUUUCAUUUUUACAUGAUAAGAACAGCAGGGAAUUCCUGUACUACAGAAAGAAAGUAGCGGAAAUGAAAAAAGAGAAUCAGAGUUUGCAGACGUCCUCUUGUCAGAAAGUUUCACCCCCAGAGGAGGAAGAGACCAAGAACUUUGCUGAGAAGCUGGCCAGGUUCAUAGCAGACGGGGGUCCAGAGGUGGAAGCUAUUGCCUUGCAGAACAACCGGGAGAACCAUGCUUUCAGGUUUUUAUAUGAACCAAACAGCAAAGGCUACAAAUAUUACCGGCAGAAGCUGGAGGAGUUCCGUAAGGCCAAGAACAACUCCAUAGGGACACCUUUUGUGCUGGAACCCAACCUGAAACACAAGAGCAUUCCUGAGGCCACACCGUCCUCUUCAUCCUCUCCAGCUUCCUCUAAACAGCCAGCUGCAGCUGCCUCUAAAAAGAGGAGGAAGAGCAGAUGGGGGCCAGAGGAGGAAAAGGUUGACUUGCCCCCCCCAGAGCUUGCCCAGCAGGAGUUGAACUCUUCUCCCUCCCCAUUGUCAGUUCAGGACCUCAAGGGUCUUGGUUAUGAAAAAGGGAAACCGGUUGGACUAGUGGGUGUGACAGAGCUCUCUGAUGCGCAGAAGAAACAGCUGAAGGAGCAGCAGGAGAUGCAGCAGAUGUAUGACAUGAUCAUGAAACACAAGCGAGCCAUGCAGGAAAUGCAGGUGAUGUGGGAAAAAGCGGUUCAGCAGCACCAGCAUGAUUAUGACAGCGAUGAGGAGGUAGACAAUGAACUGGGGACAUGGGAACAUCAGCUUCGACGCAUGGAAAUGGACAAGACACGAGAGUGGGCCGAGCAACUGACCCAGAUGGGCAGAGGGAAGCAUUUCAUCGGGGACUUCCUGCCACCUGAUGAGCUGGAGAAAUUCAUGGAGACGUUCAAGGCAUUAAAGGAAGGUCGCGAACCAGAUUAUUCUGAGUACAAGGAAUUCAAACUGACCGUGGAGAAUAUAGGUUACCAAAUGCUGAUGAAGAUGGGCUGGAAGGAGGGUGAUGGGCUUGGCUCCGAUGGACAGGGGAUUAAAAAUCCAGUCAGCAAGGGUACCACUGCAGUGGACGGAGCUGGGUUUGGGAUCGAUCGUCCCGCUGAGCUAUCGAAGGAGGAUGACGAGUAUGAGGCAUUUCGUAAAAGAAUGAUGUUGGCCUACAGGUUCCGACCCAACCCUUUGAACAAUCCGAGGAGACCUUACUACUGAUAGCGUUUUCAGGACAAAGUAUUUUUAAUACUGUUGUAAUUUUACUGUGAAAUGUUACAAAACUGCAUUAUCAUCCUUUUUUUGCAAAUAUUGUAAAAUCUAUUAAAGUCACAAUGACAUCUUCACCCAGAACAAAGGCCUAGAAGCCCACUCACUGCACACUUGAGUGCCAUGACAACUGCAUCAAACAAGGCCUGGGAUGGUAUUCAAAAAGGAGAAGAGAGCAGGUGAGAAUGGAGGUUUUUAUCCGGUGCCCUCCUGUACAGAAGGGUAGCACCAAAGAUACUAAUGGGAAUAGUUCAGGGACUCCAUUGGUUUAUUGCUCAGUGCCAUGUUACUUGCCAAGAAAUACAUUUUUUUGUGUUUUUUUGCAUCCACUGCUCAGAUAUGCAGCCUAUUCUGCCUUGGCCGUAGCUUUAUUAAAAAUAUAUACGAGGCAGCCCCCUUAGUCCCCAAAGGUGAGUAUCAGUUAGUUGACUAGCCUUUUCCCCCGAAGAUCUGAGUUCAAAUCCUGUAUUAAGUCACAAGUAUAAAGAGUCUGGCGUCCAGCUGAAACUGCAAACCCAGUGCCUAUUUGUUUUAUCUCUGCUUCGUAGAAAAACAAAGUCUGGAGCAGAGCGACACAGUGGGGGAUUGAGGCCUGCUGUGGAAAUUUGCCCAGUGCCAGUGCCAUUCGUCCCUCACUUUCCUGAACACUAAAUUCACACACAGCUUUCAGCAAAACAAGAGGCCCACAUAUCCUUUCUGUGGAUGUGGGUGGCAGAGAACCAGGCCUUCAAACCUGAGUUAUUAAAGGCCAGUGGAUUUUUAUUGGUCUGUGAAACACCGCUGCAUUGCAACUCUCCUCUGCUCUGGCUGUAAACAAACUCACACCCAUCUGCCCCCUAGCUUUUUAUCAGUCUGAUCAGAAGCAGUGGCCUUGCCACAGGUUUUUGUGGGUGAACAUACAGCCCCAUGGUAGUAUUCUUUCAAAACAUCUCAAAUUGUAAGAUUUUUUUCCCCUCCCCAUGUUUGUUGUUUGCCCCUUCUGCCCUGAUACCAAAAUCUUACCAUUUAGUAUGUGAUUCACCUUUCUCAGUGAUGUAGAGUUAAUGGCUUGGCUUUCAAUAAAAAAUAAAAACAGA